GCAGGCAGCGCUGCUUUAUCCCACCAACUCGGAAUACGGUGUAACUUGCUCAACUGCGCAACGGAUUAAAUUAAAACUAAUAGCCUGAGACUCUUUACAGAUAUUUAUGGCUAUAUCCGUGCCUGUUAGCCUGCCGCAUACAAAUGUGUUUCUGUCCUAUAACUACGAGUUCAAUUACUAUCAGCCGGAGCAUGUCUACAAGUUUCCACCCAUUAUAAUGGGCGAUAACUUUGAGGACAGCUAUUUGACAUAUCCGACGCAUGAUGCCAAGGAAGGCCAAACCAAAGGCAGACAGUGCCUGGAUAAUUGCACACUAAGCGAGACAGCGGUUGAGUUGGAACAGGAGGCGCAGACGGAAGCAACAAGUGAGAAGGCGACAGCAACGGAGCAAACAACAGCAGCAACUGCUAAGCGAGAGAAACGCGAGCUGAGUUUGAUGAGCCGCACUAGCUUCUAUGCCAUGCUGCGUGAUAAGCUAGCCAGAACUGGUCAUCCCCCUGAGGAUUGUUUGCUGCGCUUAAUCUGUGAAACUAAUGGCUCCAUGCUGGGUGACAUCAAUGGGCUGCUAGGCAACAUAGUGCAUAUUAUAUUCACUCCGAGCAGCUCACGUGAUGAGCAUCUGCCCAGUGUCUACUACCAAGCCGAGGCAGAUGGUUUACAACAACAAUGCAGCACUUACCAUAAAGCCUGUCCGCAUAAUGUGCUAGACCUCAUCUCAACGCCGGUGGAGCAGCUGCUAAAAGAAAUGGCAAACAGAAGACGUAAAAAAUAA